UUGUUGUUGAAACAGUUUGAAAUUGUCGCUGGUAUCCUUAACAUCGUUCAUCGUUGUCGCCAACAAUAGUGUGUUUCUGAGCGUUUCCGUACCCCAAGCUCAACAAAAAGAGUCAUAACAAGACGAAGUGCAAGGAAAAAAGAAAAGCUGGGGACAAACUAUUGCCCAGCAUAAAAAAUAUGAAUUUUCCGUGUUGUGUGUGUCCUCUAUAAAAUUCCAAGAAGCAUAUUUCGUUUUUAGAGAUCCUCGAUUCGCCACCGCCACCAGACAGAUAGUUCUGGUUUGUUAGUUGGUGUGUUUGAUUUUGUAUUUGUUUACAUUUGAACAUAAUUUGCAUACAUCCAUCCCCACACGAAUGUAUGUAUGUAUGAAGAUGUGUGUGGUGCUUGAGAGAGAUUUCUCAGUGACCGAUAAAUGAAUGUUGUGUCUACUCCGAAGAGUGUGAGCUAUUUUAAGUUUUAUUCUCCAAGCAACCGCGAUAAUCAUGCUGUUGUCAGUGAGCAACACAAAGCCAGCGAGAGAUGUCGAAGUUAGUGUGAAAAAAAUCGAGAAAAUUUGUUUGUGAAACUUUCUCACCCCACCCAACACAACCAUAUUUUACCGGUCCCUUUAUCGACAUCUCAUCAAACGAAAAGAAAAAGAGAGAGCUCCCCAUCCGAGCGAGCCUUCGCGGCGUAUGAUUGUUUGUGUGUGUGCUCGUCUAUAAAUUUUUGUUUGUUUUUGUUUUAUUGCCUGCAAUUGUGUGUUCUUUUAUCAAUGUUUUGGUCGCGACCGCUGCAUUUGUCGUGACCGCCGUGCCCUUGGCGUCUUUGAAAUCCGACAACAACAACAACAAAAAAAGAGAAGUGCAUUCGAUUCGAUACGAUUGAUGUUGGAAUUGUGACAAAAAGUGGUUUUUGCGGUCUUUAGUGCAUUUAAAAACAAACACAAAGAGAAUAAAGUGAAAAAUUAAUGAAAAUAAAAAGGCAAACAAAGGUGACAAAAAUAGGAAUUUAUUGCAACGGCAUUCAAAUAUAACUGAAUAUAUAAAAAAUGUAUGUACGUAUGUGUGUGUGUGUGCGUACACACAUAAAACCAUAGCAAUGGCAAAGCAUGGCAGCAACAAAGUCGUUUAACUCGUUACAUUAUUGCCAUAAUUUUAUUGCCAACAACGUGUAUCUCGGAGUCAAAUCAAACAGCAACAACAACCGAUCGAUGACUGCGAGUGGUAGUCAGUCCCAAAGUCAAAUGUGUAAUGUGAAUGUUCGAUCUCAACAGAAUUGCAUCUCUAUUUCGGAAAAAAAAUACAACAACGAAAACAAGAAACACCAAGUUCUCCCCAAACAUUUAACUGCAAACAACAAAACAAAAACGGCAACGGAUCAACAACAGCAGCAAACUGACAACGUCACACAUUUUGACGUUGCUGUGAGUUUUUUUCUUUGGUUCGUUUGUUUUGAUUGUGAUGCUGUCUGUCGACGUUUUCUUCAGUUCAUCACCACCAUUCUUGGCCUGCCGAAGAAUGCAACUCAGCCGUGCAGAGCAGUAGAUGAAGAGCAGUUCCUUUCUAAAAAUAUAUCAACGGCUACAAAAAAAUCAACAACAACAAAAUUUUUGUUUGUGAUUUAGCAGCAACAAAGAUUCAAUUUGAAAUUACAAAACACUUGCACGACUACUACGUCAAUCACGGCAACGUUCAAAUUCCGCGGUGACCAUGUGGCCAGCCAGCCAGCUAAACUAGACGUGAAAUUCGAAGGAAGGAGCCAAACCAAAGCCCUUUUUCGCUGAGUGUAAUGCAAAAAUAAAAUAUGAUGAGAAUUUCAAACAAAGAAAAAUCUCGAUAAUGGAUGAACCAUAAUCGCCGAGAUUCUUGAAAUGAUCUAAAUCGAAAGAAAGAAAAAAAUAAAAUCUGAAAUCUGAAAAUUUGAAAACAUUUUGUGACAUUUUAAAGAAAAAAAAAAAAAAAGGAAAGAAAUACUCAUUUUUGAUUUUUUUUAUCCAAAUCAAUCUAGUCUCAGUCCCGAUUGAGAUACAAAAAGUGUAGAGUGCGCGCUCCAAUCUCAGUUUUUCGUUGAAGUUGAACUUUCACUUCCCGUCUCGUCUCGUUUCGUUUUUCCAGCACCUCGUUGCCCCACCCAACAUUUUGAAUGGUUUCUGAGGACAGCAACUGGCACAGCAGCGACACCAUGUCCGACACGGACAUGCACGAUUCGAAGAAUGACAUUUGCGGUGGUGCUUCCAGCUCCAGCGGCAGCUCUGGCACCCCACGAACCAAACCGAAUUGUGCCCGCUGCCACAACCAUGGCCUGAAGAUCAAAUUGAAGGGCCACAAACGUUACUGCAAAUAUCGCUUUUGCAAUUGUGAGAAAUGCCGCCUGACAGCCGAUCGGCAGCGGGUCAUGGCCCUGCAGACGGCCCUGAGGCGGGCCCAGCAACAGGACGAGGCAAGGAUCCUGCAAAUGCAUGAAGUGCCACCGGUGGUGCAUCCACCCACGGCAUUGCUGAAUGCCCAUCACCAUCAUCAUCAUCCGUUGCCGCAUCACAUAACGCAACAGCUGCACCACCAUCCCCAUCAUCCACAUCCGCAUUUGGUGGAUGCCUCUGCAGUGGCGGCAGCCGCUGCUGCAGGAGUUGGUGUUGGCCCGGUACCCCCGCAUCAUAUUGCUGCUGCUGCUAUACCUACAAUACGUUCACCGCCGCACAGUGAUCACAGCGCCAACGGUGGAGGUGGUGGCGGCGGAGGAGGAGGAGGUGGUGGUGGUAGCGGAUCAGGUGGAGGCGGUGGUGGAUCUGCUGGUGGUGGUUCAAAUGGUGGUGGCGGUGGCGUUGGUCCCAGUUCCUCCAGCAUGAACGGCAUGGCCAGCAGCAGUAGUGCUGCAUCUAGUUCCACAGCACCACCACACCACACCCCACCGGAUCACACACAUCAUCACCACCAUCAUCAUCAUCCACAUCCCCAUUUAGUUUCGGUGCCACCGACCGCACAAUCUGUCGAUAGUUCGUGUGAUUCAUCGUCACCGUCGCCGUCCUCAACGUCGGGUGUGGCCGUACCGGUAUUGGUACCGAAUCGAAAGCCAAAUCCAGAGCAACAACAGAAUGGUGCUGAUAUGUCUAUAGAUCUAAUAUUAGAUUAUUGCCAAAAAUUAAUAGAAAAAUUUGGUUAUCCAUGGGAGAUGAUGCCCCUAAUGUAUGUGAUACUAAAAGAUGCCGGUGUUGACAUCGAUGAGGCUUCAAAGCGUAUUGAAGAGGCCAUACAAUUGUUUAAGCAAUACGACAGUCUGAUAAGCAUCUACGAUGGACACGAAUGGCGUAGCAAAGCAAGUCUGAAACGUAAAGCCGAAAGUGAUGCCCGAAACGCGGAAUGUGAUGAAACAACCAAACGUAUGAGAAUAGAGGAACAUUUAAAUCAACUGACACAAACCUACUACAAUUAUCAGCGUUAUGCAGCGCUACCACCGGUCUAUUGGGGCUAUCCGUCCAUACAGUUUGGUCGUGCCGUCUGGACGGAAUUACCAAAUCCCAAUUUUGCCGCAAUCAUACCACCGCAUCUAGCUGCCACAACACCCGAUGGACCUCAGUCGCUGAGUCGAAGGUCACCCAGCCCCUUCAAGAAUAGUCGACCCAGCAGCAGUUUGGGCAGUGAAUCGACGACAGUCACAUCGUUGCCAACACCGGGGGUGUUAGCAGCAGCGGCGGCGGCAGCAGCUGCAGCAGCCGCCACGUAGCAUUAUCAUCAGCAGCAACAGCAACAGCAGAAGUUGGGCACAACGUCAACAUCAGCAUCGGGGUCGGCAAGUGCAGCGGCGACAACAAUGGCAACAACUGUUUUAGAAGUAGACGAUUGAACUGUCCACUCAGCAGAUGGCGCUCUAUUAACUGUGUAAAUAACAAAAGAGUCCGCUACGAAAGAAGUAACAGCUUUCAAAAUUACGCUAAUUACAACAAAAAAAUUUGAUAUCCUCAUCGUUCUAAAAAUAUAUAUAUUUUUUCGUGAUAUUAAAAUAAAGAAAAACUACAAAAUUAAGAACUCAAGUAUAUAUUUCAUAUUAACUAAAUAAGGAAAUUAUUAAAUCAAUAAAAUUAAAAAAAAAAAACAAUAAAAUUAUUUGUGGCUGUACACUUUUCCUAUAACCAGUACUUCUUUAUCUCAUUCCGUCUAUUGCGCCAAAUAUAACAAGGAUCAUUGAAAAAAGAAAACUUAACAAUGGAAUGAAAAUACCCACACAUACAGACAGACACACACACACAUAAAACAUCCAAACAUAAAUGGAUGAAUGAAUGUAAAUGUAAGCUUUGUUAAGAUUUAAACAACAACAAAAACAAAUCAUAAAAAAAACCAAUUGUGAAUGUUUAUUUAUAAAUAUUUUUUAAAUAAAAUCUAACUUUUUAAAGAAAUUAUGUAGAGAAAGAACAACAACAACAAGUCAUUAGAUUAUUUAUUAUUAUUAACAUUAUUAUAAAUGUAUGUUUGGUCAUAAGGCAAAACAAAAAAAAAACAACGGAGAAAAAAUCAUAAAACUACAACAACAACAAAAUAAGCACAUUGAAUAGCAAAUAUGAUCUCAAUGAAUUACAGAUGGAAAUUGUACACAUUGUAUAUAAAAAUUAAUAUGAAAAUUA